AUGUAUCCAAGAGAAAAGAUAAAGCAAAGAGGUUUUAACUUGUAUGAUGUUUCCGAUGAUGGUUGUAAAAGGUUGAUGUUCUUGAAUUUAGUCAAAUAUAGAAACGGUGAAUUACCUGGAGUUACGUUGAAAAAUGAUACAGUAACUGUAGAUAGAACCGUAUUCAAAGAACCCUUGGAAUCAAUCUUUAUUAGACAAGGACCUUUUAUUUCCCCAGAUGAAGUUUUGAGUAAUAGUAGGAAUACCAUUGUGGAGGUGCCAAUCAAACCAAGAGAAGAGUUCCCUGAUAUUAAAUUACCAGACUCGGAAUUAUUGAGAGUUUUGCAUUAUUACGCAAGUCAUCGACUGGAAGAACAAUAUUGGAACAUAAAGGGAAAAUAUGAUGAGUCAGCCUUGUUACAAUUGGGAAUGUUAGUUGAAAAUUGGGUUGACGAAGCUGUGACGCAGUCCGUAGCCCGUUUGUUUACUGAGAGAAAAGUACGGACUCUGUUAGAUGAACAGGAGGAUCAUAAUGAACAAGAAAUUGAACAAGAAAACGACGACGAGAACGACGACGAAAAUGAUGACGAAAAUGAAAAUGGAAACGAAAUUGACGAAAACCAUCAAGAUGAUGAUAAUGAUAAUGAUAAUUGA